GUCUUCCCCCAACUCAGGCCUAGCGCAGCCUCCGGAGAUCAUGGGGACACGGGAGGUGUAUGAAGAGAAGCUCCGAAGCGGCGCCCACCUCCACCGUGACCCCACCAUCAACCCUGGCCUUGGCUCUGCCCGCUGCCCUCGCUGCCUCUCCCUUCUCAACCCUACCACCAACUCUGGCGACUGGGCCGUCACCUCCGUCCUGCACGAUGCCACCUCUGUGACUGGUGCGGGCGCUGGCGCGAUGCUCAGUGCUGUCCACGGGUUUAAUACAGGGAUCCCGUUUGUCCAGAAGCAUGUGAAGGGGCCAAAGUGGCUGCAUUUACUUGUUGGGGUUCCUCCUUUGAUCUUAUUCUCUGGUGCAAGUUCUUUAUUUGGUGCAUAUGCCCUCCCGACUUUUGCGCAGCUCACUGUGACAUCGUAUUAUGCUGCAUCAAGUGCCUCACACUAUGCAAUUUCACAGAUCACGCGCCAGAUUGAGAAAUUCCAUCUAUCGGGCACUAAUGAGAAAUCUUGAUGAGCUGCUCUCAAUCAGUUUGAGUUGGUGCAGAUGCCAUGUACAUGGUACAU